AAACCAAAAUAAUACGCAAUUGACACCCACCAUCUUCCUCUUUCCUUCUCACUCUUCCACUCAUUCACGCCUUCACGUGCUUCCUCCUUCCCCCGCUCCACUGCAUAUAAACCCCACUCACUUUCCUCAAUUCGAAGAAAUUCAUUUCCUCCCAAAACAGUAUCCAAACACCACAAUUCCUCUCCCCUCCCUCAGUACAUGGCUUUAGUCCGAGAGCGCCGCCAGCUAAAUCUCCGACUCCCACUACCGGAAAUCUCCGAACGCCGCCCCCGUUUCCCCCUACCCCUCCCUCCCACUUCCCUCUCCACCACCGCCACCACUACGGCCGCAACCGGUUGCGGCGGCGCUGUAACCGCCGCCGACCUGGAAAAGGUCCAAGUCCUCGGCCACGGCAACGGCGGCACAGUCUACAAAGUCCUCCACAAGCGGAGCUCCGCCGUCUACGCGCUGAAAGUGGUCCACGGCGACAGUGACCCCACCGUCCGCCGCCAGAUCAUCCGGGAGAUGGAGAUCCUCCGGAGAACGGACUCCCCGUUCAUCGUCCACUGCGACGGCAUGUUCGAGAAGGCCAACGGCGACAUCGCAAUAGUAAUGGAAUACAUGGACUGUGGCACUCUCGAUACCCUCCUCAAAACCACCGGAACUUUCUCCGAACCCAAACUCGCCGUAAUCGCGCGUCAGGUCCUGAGUGGACUCAGUUACCUCCACAGCCACAAAAUCAUUCACAGAGACAUCAAACCCUCCAACCUACUAGUGAACAGCAAGAUGGAAGUCAAGAUCGCUGAUUUUGGAGUGAGUAAGAUCAUGCGUCGCACGCUCGAUCCCUGCAAUUCGUACGUUGGCACGUGCGCUUACAUGAGCCCAGAACGUUUCGACCCGGACACCUACGGGGCGAACUAUAACGGGUACGCCGCGGAUAUAUGGAGUUUGGGGCUGACACUGUUGGAGCUUUACAUGGGUCAUUUUCCGUACUUGCCUGCGGGUCAGAGACCCGACUGGGCCACGCUAAUGUGCGCCAUAUGCUUCGGGGAGCCGCCGAGCUUGCCGGAGGGUUCAUCGGAAGAGUUUCGGAGUUUUAUCGAGUGUUGCCUCCAGAAGGACUCGAGUAAGAGGCGGACUGCUUCGGAGCUAUUGACUCAUCCUUUUGUCACUAGUGGUUUGUAACGACGACCCGACCCGACCCACCCGACGAUGAUCCGAUGACGUUUCGUCGAUCAUUUUUGUAUGAUGGAAUAGAGGACGGAUCUGAAUUUUUUGCUUCUUUUGUUUUAGUGACUUUUUGCCUACAUGUAUAUUCUUUCCUCUAUGUUGUAGAUGCUGCUAUUUUCAACAGUAAAGUUGCUGUGGAAAAUGAGAUAAUUAGAUUUCUUUCUAUUUCCUAUCAA